AUGUCCAUAGAAUUUACCUCAGCAGAACAAAACAUUUCUUCUACAUUGCCAAUACUUGAUGCAACAAAUCAAGAACCAGAACUUACCUUGACUUCCGAACAAACCACCACAAUUCAAAAUGCACAAAAUGAUUUAGUGUUUGGUUCGGUAGUCUCGGGAAUGACAGGAAAAUUAGUAGAAUAUCCAUUUGAUACUGUAAAAGUGCGAUUACAAACUCAGCCAAUUUUCAAAGGUCCACUAGACUGUUUUCGACAAACGUUUCGACAUGAAGGGUUUCUAGGAUUUUAUAGGGGUCUUUCGGCGCCAAUGGUAGGCGCCAUGGUAGAAAACGCCGUGUUAUUCACCUCUUACAACUACAUACAAAUGAUGAUCCGAGAAUACAGGACUCCAAAACACGAGCGUCACUUGAUUCAUGAAAUAGGUUUAGAGAAAUCACCACUCGAAAUACGCGAAUUAUUUUUGGCUGGCGCAAUUGCGGGUACAUUAGCAUCUUUUUUAUUGACGCCUAUAGAAUUGAUAAAAUGUAAAUUGCAAGUGCAAAAUUCGCUCAAUUACAAUACUUUGCCAUCCUCAAAUAAUAUAAUCAUCAAAAAUAUUUCUCACAUUGGAAGCAAUAAUAUUAUGAAUAAUAACAGUAAUUAUGCUGGCAUUCAAAGAACCUCAUCGUCAUCUUUACGGCAUCCGAAUCUGAUUUCAGCUACCUUAAAAACGAAAACACCACCACAAAACACAAAUCCCCCUAGUUUCGAUAGCCCAAUGUCCGCAAUUCAACACACGUUAAAAGAAAAUGGUAUACGCGGAUUUUUUCGAGGGAUAUUUCCAACGAUACUUCGUGAAUCAAUUGGAUCUGGUGUUUGGUUCGGCACUUAUGAAUACGUAACACAACUUUUUAUUCGGUAUAAACAGAGUAGAUUAUUAGGUUCUAUUCAUGAAGAUGUAGUUAUUACAAAAUCAGAUUUGAAUCCACUGCAUUCAAUGACUGCUGGUGCUUUGGCUGGGAUUGGGUAUAAUGUUUCAUCAUUUCCCGCUGAUUCGAUAAAAAGUGUAAUGCAGACUGAGAAGGAUAUCGAAAAAAGAUAUGUAAAAAGUUCGUUCUUUCAGGCUGGAAAGUAUAUUUAUAAAACUUGGGGAAUUCCAGGGUUCUAUCGCGGAUGUGGAAUUACCAUGGCACGCGCAGUUCCGUCAAAUGCAAUAAUUUUCAUGACUUAU